UGAGUAUUUUCUUUCAUCUUUCUGUUUAUACAUUUUUUCCUCAGUUAGCCGUUGACCUGUAUUCAACUCUCUAGUCUUGCUGUUGAGAGGUUACAGAGAGCUAUCUAUACACUGCUGUCACUUGUGCUGUUGAAAAGAUUAAAGAGGGCUAUCUAUUUGCUGCUGUCACUUAGAGUGAGGUAAGUAAGCAAGCUUCGUGAUUUCAAUAGCAGUUUCUUGUUUUCAUUUUGAACAAUUCCUGAAAGUACAAAAAUAUAUAUAUAUAUAUUGGGAAAAUAAAGAAAUUGAGUAGGAAAUGGCUCUGGAUGCGAUUCUUGCAAUUGUUCCCACUAUUUUUGAGUAUACUUUUGUACCCAUCAAAAGACACCUGGGCUAUGCUUUUAAUUACAAGAGUCAAGUUGAAAACUUCAAGAAUUGGACCGAGAAGUUGGUCAGUGCAAGAGAGAGACUGCAGCAUUCUGUUGAUUAUGCUGUGAGAGGUGGGGAAGAGAUUGAGAAUGAUGUUAAGAGGUGGAUAAUUGGGGUAGAUAAGGCAAUUGAAGAAGCUGAUAAGCUUAUCAAAGAUGAUCAAGAAGAAGCAACGAAGAGGUGUUUCAUUGGACUGUGUCCUAAUGUUAAGGCUCGUUACAAUCUUUGCAAGAAAAUGGAGAAGUAUAGUAAGGUUAUUGCUGAGCUACAGAAUAAAGGAAGAUUUGAUCCAGUUUCCUACCGUGUGCAGCUACAGCAGAUAGUUACUUCAUCUGUUAAAAAUAGAGGGGCGCUGCAUUCGAGAAUGUCAGUUUUGAAAGAAGUAAUGGAUGCAUUGGCAGACCCUAAUGUUCUUAUGGUUGGGGUGUGUGGCAUGGGUGGUGUUGGUAAAACCACUCUAGCAAAGGAGGUGCACCAACAAGUUAUAGAAGAAAAAUUAUUUGAUAUAGUGGUCAUGGCUACUGUAUCUGAAAAGCCAGAUAUCAGAAAGAUUCAAGGAAACAUUGCUGAUGUGUUGGGGUUAAAAUUUGAUGAGGAAACUGAAACUGGAAGAGCCUAUCGACUACGUCAGAGGUUAAUGACAGAGAAGAAGAUUCUUGUAAUACUAGAUAACAUUUGGGCACAACUUGAAUUGGAGGAAGUAGGAAUUCCAUGCAGGGUUGAUCACAAAGGAUGCAAAAUAUUACUGACCUCAAGAAGUAGAGAUUUAUUAUCGUGUGACAUGGGUGUACAGAAAGUUUUCAGACUUGAAGUUUUACAGGAAGAAGAGGCCUUGAGCUUAUUUGAGAUGAUGGUGGGUGAUGUCAAAGGUGGGGAAUUUCAAUCCGCAGCAAGUGAAGUCACUAAAAAAUGUGCAGGUUUGCCUGUUUUGAUCGUGACAAUUGCAAGGGCUUUAAAAAAUAAGGACUUGUAUGUGUGGAAGGAUGCUGUGAAGCAGCUCUCUAGGUGUGACAAUGAAGAAAUACAGGAAAAAGUUUACUCAGCUUUAGAGCUGAGUUACAAUCAUUUAAUCGGUGCUGAGGUCAAGUCACUUUUCUUGCUUUGCGGUUUGCUAGGAAAGUCUGAUAUUGCAAUCCUAGAUUUGUUGAUGUACAGUACGGGUCUGGGUUUAUUUAAAGGCAUUGAUACAUUGGGGGAUGCAAGAAACAGAGUGCACAAACUGAUCAGUGACCUCAAAGCCGCUUGCUUGUUGCUAGAUAGUGACAUCAAGGGGCGGGUGAAAAUCCAUGAUGUUGUACGAGAUGUUGCCAUCUCCAUUGCAUCAAGAAUGCAGCUUCUGUUCACCGUCAGAAAUGGUGCUCUUUUGAAGGAAUGGCCAAACAAGGAUGUGUGUAAAAGCUGCACAAGAAUUUCUCUGCCGUACAAUGAUAUCCAUGGGCUUCCUGAAGUGUUGGAAUGCCCAGAAUUAGAGUUAUUUUUGCUUUUCACUCAAGACAUUUCUCUAAAAGUACCUGAUUUAUGUUUUGAAUUGACAAAAAACCUCAGAGUAUUGAACUUUACAGGAAUGCAUUUUUCAUCUCUUCCUCCAUCAUUGGGUUUCCUAAAAAACCUUUUCACCUUGUGCUUGGAUUGGUGUGCACUGCGUGAUGUAGCUAUCAUCGGAGAGCUGACAGGAUUGACAAUUCUUAGCUUCAAGCACUCUGAUAUUGUUGAGUUGCCUAGAGAAAUAAGACAAUUGACUAAGCUAAAGUUCUUAGAUUUGAGUCAUUGUUUGAAGCUCAAAGUUAUUCCUGCAAAAAUCAUAUCAGAGUUGACUCAAUUAGAAGAACUAUAUAUGAAUAAUAGCUUUGAUCUAUGGGAUGUUCAAGGGAUCAACAAUCAACGUAAUGCAAGCCUUGCAGAGCUGGAAUGCUUGCCUUAUUUGACAACUUUGGAAAUAUGCGUUCUUGACGCCAAAAUACUACCAAAAGAUCUGUUCUUCAGAAAAUUGGAAAGAUUUAGGAUAUUCAUAGGAGACGUGUGGAGUGGAACUGGUGAUUAUGGAACCUCAAGAACACUUAAGCUGAAGCUCAAUACAAGCAGCAUCCAUUUGGAGCAUGGGCUUAGCAUAUUGCUGGAAGUAACAGAAGAUUUGUACUUAGCUGAAGUGAAAGGGAUUAAAAGUGUCUUAUAUGAUCUGGAUAGCCAAGGAUUUACACAACUGAAGCAUCUAGAUGUCCAAAAUGAUCCUGAAAUACAAUAUAUAAUUGACCCCAAUAGGCGGUCUCCAUGUAAUGCCUUUCCCAUCCUAGAAUCCUUGUAUCUGGACAACUUGAUGAGCUUGGAGAAGAUUUGUUGUGGGAAACUCACAACAGGGUCUUUCAGCAAAUUAAGAUCAUUAACUGUUGUAAAAUGUGACAGAUUAAAGAAUCUUUUUUCAUUUUCCAUGAUGAGGUGCCUUUUGCAACUUCAGCAAAUGAAAGUAGUUGAUUGUGCUAACCUGGAAGAGAUUGUUGCUUGUGGGAGUGAAGACACAGACAAUGACUAUGAAGCAGUCAAGCUCACUCAAUUAUGCUCCCUAACAUUAAAGCGUCUACCAAUGUUCAAAAGCUUUUGCUCUAAGAAAAAGGUGUCUCCCAUAUCUCUAAGAGUACAAAAGCAAUUGACAACUGAUACAGGGUUGAAGGAAAUUGCGCCAAAGGGUGAGCUUGGUGAUCCGUUGCCACUGUUCAAUGAAAUGUUUUGCUUUCCAAAUUUGGAGAACCUGGAAUUGUCAUCAAUUGCCUGUGAAAAGAUAUGCGACGACCAGCUUUCUGCAAUAUCUUCAAACUUAAUGAGCUUGAUUGUGGAGCGCUGCUGGAAUUUGAAGUAUUUAUUUACGUCUUCAUUAGUUAAAAAUCUUUUGCUGCUGAAAAGACUUGAGGUCUUUGAUUGUAUGUCCGUGGAAGGGAUAAUAGUUGCAGAAGAACUUGUAGAAGAAGAGAGGAACAGAAAAAAACUAUUCCCAGAACUAGACUUCUUGAAGCUCAAGAAUCUGCCACAUAUCACAAGGUUCUGUGAUGGAUAUCCAGUUGAAUUCAGUUCUCUGAGGAAAUUGUUGAUCGAGAAUUGCCCUGCAUUGAAUAUGUUCGUAUCAAAAUCACCAAGUGCAGACAUGAUCGAAAGCAGAGAAGCAAAGGGCAUGAACUCAGAGAAGAACCACCAUACAGAAACUCAACCUCUCUUCAAUGAAAAGGUUGCAUUCCCUAGCUUGGAAGAAAUAGAACUCUCCUACAUUGAUAACUUAAGAAGGAUAUGGCACAACCAACUUGAUGCAGGUUCCUUUUGCAAACUGAAAAUAAUGAGGAUAAAUGGUUGUAAAAAGUUACGGACUAUUUUUCCUUCUUAUCUGUUGGAAAGAUUCCAGUGUUUAGAGAAGUUGUCAUUAAGUGAUUGUUAUGCACUAGAAGAGAUAUAUGAACUCCAAGGGCUGAAUUUUAAAGAAAAACAUUUAUUAGCAACAUCUGGGCUGAGAGAAUUGUACAUACGUUCUUUACCUCAGCUGAAAAGUAUAUUGAGUAAGGAUCCACAAGGGAACUUUACCUUCCUAAACCUCCGCCUUGUAGACAUUUCAUAUUGCUCGAUGAAAAACCUUUUUCCAGCCUCCGUGGCCACUGGUCUUUUGCAACUUGAGAAGCUGGUGAUAAACCAUUGUUUUUGGAUGGAGGAGAUUUUUGCAAAAGAAAAAGGUGGAGAAACAGCCCCUAGUUUUGUAUUCUUGCAACUAACCUCUUUGGAGCUUUCAGACCUUCCAAACUUUAGGAGUUUCUAUCCAGGAUUGCAUACUUCAGAAUGGCCAAAGUUAAAAUCUAUGAAGGUGUUUGAGUGUGAAAAAAUAAAAAAUUUUGCUUCAGAAUUUUUCUUUCUCCAAGGACCAGGUGGAGAAGGCCAAUUCAGUGUCCCAACCCAAUCACCCAUCCCCUCGAUGGAAAAGGGUGAGCUUGGCAUUUCUCCUUCACAAUGCUGUAUGGAUGAACUGCGCCUGGAGCCAAAUGAAAAUAUACCUGGAGACAUAUGUGAGAAUGAUCCCGAUGAUGGUUUAAGUUCAAUGUUUCAAGGAGAGAUGCUCCAGCAGCUAAAUAACAAUAACUUUCCUGAAUUUUCUGAUAGAAAUGCUGGUAACCCUCCCUCCACUAGUUCAUCAGACAAAAGUAAUGCAAAUGCGAGAGAAGAAGGAAUGGCUAUGCACUUGCGUCAUCCUACCAGCACACAUGUAGAGGAGCCUGGCAUUGAGGGCAUUCAGAUUAUUGGUGAUGCUAUACCUGGAGAAAGACUCAUUGGAUGUGGAUAUACUGUAGGUGGAACUUCUCUUUGCAUGUUUCAGUGGUUUUGUCAGCUCGAAGAUGGCACCAAGCAAUAUAUUGAAGGGGCCACGUAUCCAGAAUAUGUUGUCACAGCUAAUGAUGCAAAUAAGCAAAUUGGUCUUGACUGCCUACCGAUGGAUGACCAAGGCCUUCAGGGGAAACUGGUAACAGUUUUUGCAGAUGAUCCGAAAAAUGUAGAAUGCGAUGGCCCUAGCAUUGAGGGUUUUCAAAUUAUUGGUAAUGCUAUGCCUGGAGAAAGACUCCUUGCAUGUGGAUACUCUGUAGGUGGAACUUCUCGUUGCGUGUUUCAGUGGUUUUGUCAGCUUGAAGAUGGCGGCAGGCAGUAUAUUGAAGGGGCCAUAUAUGCAGAAUAUCCUGUCACAACUAAUGAUGUUGAUAAGCUAAUUGGUGUUGUUUGUAGACCGGAGGACGACCAAGGCCAUAAGGGGAAACUGGUAACAACUUUUGCAAAUGAUCAGAAAAAAAUAAAACGUGAGGGCCCUAGCAUCGAGGCAUUUCAGAUUAGUGGUGAUGCUAUGCCUGGAAACACAAUCCAUGCUUGUGGAUAUUCUGUGGGUGGAACUUCUGAUUGCAUGUUCCAGUGGGUUCGUCAUCUUGAGGAUGGUUCUAAGCAGUACAUUGUAGGAGCCACAGAGCCACAUUAUGUUGUCACAGCUGAUGAUGUUGAUAAGUUGAUUUCUGUUGAGUGCAUACCACUGGAUGACCAGGGACAUCAGGGAAAACUAAUGAGGCUUUUUGCAAAUGACCAAAAAAAAAUACAAUGUGACGCAGGUAUGCAAAGGAAGAUUGACACCUAUUCAUCAAUAUGUGAAGCAACAUUUGGUGUUCUAUUGAUGAUGGACUCUUUUGACAAUUGGGAGCCAGCAACUCUAGUGCUGCGACAAGCAGGCUACCAAAUUAAGGGCAAGAGUGAAGAAAAUGUGGUAAUUGCAGAGAAAUUCUCAAAGGAGCUAUUGAUUAAAAUUCCUUAUGGGCUUUCAAAACAGUUUAUUUUAGAAUGUUUCGAUGGAUCUUCUCAUACCCUCAGUACAUAUGAUAGCCGAAUGCGUGACACUGUUGUGCUGACAAUGAGAAUGUUCCUGAGCAAGUUCUUGAACUCCUUUAAAGUGCUGGUUGUGGAAAAAUGUAAUGCACUGGAAGCAUUAUUUGAUGUGGAAGGAUCGAAUAUCAAAGAAGGACAUGCUGGAAUAUCACAGUUAAAUGAAUUGCAUUUAAUUGAACUCCCAAGGUUGAGGUUUAUAUGGAACAAGAAAUCUAGGGGAGCUUUGGGCUUUAAAAACCUAACAGUGCUGAAAAUUCAUGAUUGUAACUGCUUAGCAAAUAUGUUUACUUUAUCGAUGUCGUUGGGCCUUGUGCAACUUCAAUAUAUGGAAGUGAAAAGAUGUCCAUCGAUGGAAGAAAUUAUCACAAAAGGAGAAGAGCAAGUACUGUUGGACAAACCCAUAUUCCCUUCCUUAUACUACAUCAAUUUUGAGUCUUUACCUUGCUUAAGGAGUUUUUAUUCAGGAAGUGAUGCUAUUGAAUGCCCAUCCUUGGAAAAAGUUGUUGUGGUUGACUGUCCAAAGAUGGAAGCAUUUUCUUCCAAAUUUCUAAGGGAACGAGGUCCAUUGGAUAAGAGAAACACAAAUAGUUUUCAAGGAAGUCUUUGACAUUCCUGUCAUAUAUUUUUCAGUAGCAGGGUUAGCAAUUAAGAAAGCUCAAUAUGUCUUAACUGCCAAAGCUCAGACAUACUGUGGAGGAAGACUGCCAGUUAAUAUUUAGUAUCUGGAAUCAUUAGAAGUACUUGAAUGCAGAGGACUGGAAGUUACAGUGCCAUGUUCAUUUUGGUUUCAGAAUUUGGACAACCCUGAAUGCGGAAAUUUCGUGCAUUGAUAAAUCUGAUGACAUCCUAAACGGCCAAAAGUCUGAUCAUCUCUCAGGAACGACCAUAAAUGAAUGCCAAAUGAUACAAGAAAUGGUUGCCAGUGAGAGUGAUGCUGUGGGGAGCUGGAAUGUUCAUUAGCAACAUUUACCAAUUUCACUUUAUCUUGUUUCCCCCCUUAUACAAGGAAUAUAUCAUUGGGCAUGCUGAUAAUGGUGAUUCCCAUUGUUGGAAGCUUGCAAAACUUGCCAAUGCGGCAUCUGUUCAGGAUGAAAAAUCCAUUCAAAAGAUAACAGUAUUGAUGAUA